AUGCGUCCUACGUGGGCCACCACCCGCUGCUGGCCUUUCUUGCCUCUCACUCCACUGAUUUCCAUCUCCCCUCCCUCCCCCUUUCCAUCGGCCAUUGCCUCCCCCCACUACCCCCUCUCCUACGCGGGACAUCACCCGCUGCUGGCCUUCUUUGCCGUGGCGGAGAAUGAGAGCAUCGGCCGCGAGCGAUACAACUUCAUGCAGCAUGAUGCCACCAUGCCAUCAUGUUGCUGGUGCUGUAGCAUGAUGCCACCAUGCCAUCAUGUUGCUGGUGCUGUAGCAUGA